AUGAAUCCUUCCAUUCAUCCUUUCCUGUCUGUCUUUCUAACCUCUUUCUAUUCAUUCUUUUUUCAUUCUUCCUCUCCCCCUGAUUUCAUUUCUUACUUCAAUUCAUCCAUUCUUUCUUCCUAUUCCUUCCUUCCUUCCUUCCUUCCAUUCAUCCUUCCUUCCUUCCUUCCUUCCUUCUUUCUUUCCUUCCUUCCUUCUUUCUUUCCUUCCUUCCUUCCUUCCUUUAUUUUCAUCCAUCCAUUCAUCCAUUUUUUACUUCCUGUAUUCCUUCUAAUCACCCUUCCUUCCUUUCUACCAACCAUCCAUUCAUCCUUCCUUUCUUCCUGUCUUUCUACCUUCCUUCUAUUCAUCCUUCCUUUCUUACAUCCAUCCAUUCAUCCUUCCUUCCACUCUUCAUCCUUCCUUCCUCUCUUUCUAAUUUCCUUCUCUUCAUCCCCCAUUUCUUCUACUCUUCCUUCUUUCUGUUCAUCCAUCCAUUCCUCCUUCCUUCCUUCCUGUCUUUCCAACUUCAUUCUAUCCAUCCUUCCUUUCUUACAUUCAUCCAUCCUUCCUUCCUUCCUUCCUUCUCUUCCUUAUUUCUAUUUAUCCUUCAUUGUUUACCUUCUUUCCUUCCUGUCAUUCUUCUUAUUAUUCUUCCUUUUUUCCUUCAUCCAUGAUUCCUUCUUUUCUUUCUAUUCGUCCUUCCUUUCAUCUUUCUUUCAUGCUUGUAUUCGAUCUUUCUAUCUAUUCGUUCUUUUCUUUCUUCCUUCUAUUUAUUCAUCAUUCUUUCUCUCUUUCCUUCCUUCCUUUCUUCUUUCCUUCCUUCCUUCCUUCCUUUCUUCCUUCCUUCCUUUCUUCUCCCCUUCUUCCAUAUCCAUCAUCACAUUUUUUUUAUUUGUUUUCCUUUAUUACCAUUAUUGGCUUCUCCUUCCUUUUCUAAUUAUUUCCACUAUGUUCAUAUUAUAA